AUGUCAGGUCUGAGUAGGCCGCCUAAGACUCGAGUAGCAUCUUGUCCACUAUGCACUACUGACCUUACUAGAUCUCCUCGAGUCGACCUUCUCGACGCCGCUGGGAUUGAAGAGAUAUGUACCAAAAGCGGCAGAAACUCACUUUCAGACUUACAUGCCAAGAUUCGGAACGACUGUGAUCCCAAAAAGGAUGUCUUCGACCACAACUUAGUGCUAUACCCUGCCACUUAUAUCGUGGACCGUUACAUUUAUGUUUAUGACAUCUCAUGCUACAAACAUAGGGAGACUGGAAAUGCGUGCGACCACGUCCUUGGUGAGUGGCGCAACGAUACAGAUUCGAAGCCGAGCGAAUGCGACGACUGUAUUCUCGGGCCCAUGCAGCUGGAGGUUAACUCGCCCAUCGGCCACACCGAGGCCCGGGCCGACGAGUUCAAGACAGCCAUCUCCAGCUGCAGCGUCAAGGGCUACGCCUACACAAGCCCGUCGCCAUACGCCUCCAGUCAAACGUCCACCUCCUCCGUGUCCCCUACCAUAGUCCCACAAGACUGGUCUGCGCAACGCAUGUCGUCGGAAUGUGCCACAACAUACCGCGUCCAGGAAGGAGAUACGUGCGAAAGCAUCGCCGCCGCUCAACAAGUACCGAGCAGGGGACUCACGGAAGCCAAUGACGAGCUCGAUGGUUGGUGCGGUGGUCUCGAAGCCGGCCAGGACUUAUGCCUGCCAACCAGAUGCAAAGUACACCCAUUGAAGCCCGAAGACUCGUGUGAGUCGUUGCUUGAGGUAUAUGGCGCAACGCAGAAGAGCUUAGCAGAGUGGAACCCAAAACUGUACAUUCAAUGCGGCACCUUUAAUGUCACUACAGGCUACAUCUGCGUAGGGUAA